UAAAACCCGGGCCAUCUUAUUUGGAUCCUCAUCAUCUGAUUCAUCUUUACAAAAAACGCGGUUCAUAUCAAAAUUUUAUCCCAAAUUCCUGCAAUUCCAUUCAAUCUCAUUAUUGUGGGAGUCUCCAAAUUUGUUUUAGUUUUGCGUUUGAUAUUCUAUUUCGAUAUUUUUUCCAUUCAAUUCGUUCUUUUCUCUUUCGAUUGAUCUCUCUCUCCGAAAUUUUGUUAAUUCCUAGAAUUCUAGGUUUUCACUGUCAAUCCUGAGAUCCGUUAGAUAUAUUCAUCGAUUUUAUUUUUGAUUUUAUAAUUUAUUAUUUAGAUAUUUUCCUUCUUGUUUCCCCUUUGUAAAUUGAUUUGAAACCCAAAUAUUUUUCCGGAUAUCUUUGGACCUAUGGUUUGCGUAUUUGUGGUGAUUGCUCAAUCUCAAGGCUCAUCGGAUCUGUGAAUUGAUUUAGGAUUUUGGUACGUUUAUAUCUUAAUUUGAUUUUACUGCUCUUUUGUAUUUUGUUCUAUUUUGGGGGGAAUUUAUACAUCGAGGGGUUAGGAUUUGGGUGUAAAUUGUUUUUGUUUUUUUAUAAAUUCCUUUUUUUUAUAUGCAAUAGUUGUUGUUAAUUGAGUUUGAGCUAGUUUGCGAGUAGAAUUUUAUUAUAUUUUUUUCUAGUUGAACUUAAAAUAAUGAUACAUGCAUGUGUUGCCCGGGAAUACACUAACUAAAUAAUUUAUCGUCAUUGUCUCUUUUUGUUAUGUAAAUUUUUAUUUUUGUAGUUUUAAAAGUAUUUCUCAGUAAUGCCUUGUGUGUUACUUCAUCCCUUCUCUUCUGUGUCAUUUAGUAGAAAAAAAAGUUAAAAAGGUGUAUUAAGUUGCGAAGAGAUAGUUAUGUUUUCUUAAAGUGAAUAUGAUCGUGCUAUUAUCUUUUCAUACUUACCCUUUGAGUAUGUCAAUACCGAAUGUUACUAACAUCGUUGUUGGGGUUAUCAGUAUUUGUUUGAUUUGUGGUGCUUCUUCCACACCUAAUAUUUGCAAAGUGACUCAUCUUGCUUUGAUCAUGUUGGUUUUCAGAGUAGUGAGUUGUUAGGUCACUUGGUGUUUGUUGGAUGUUGCCAUGCAACUUGUUUGUUUGCUUUACGUGUUUUUACAUGUCUUUCUAAUAUUCAGUUCCUAAUGUCCUGCUUUCAUGUAGUGUGUAGUUCCUAAUUAGAUAUAUAGUUACACGUGCCUUACAUGAUAAAUUAUUAUGUUUUUCCUGUAGUUGUUGUCUAUUUCCAAGCUUCCAAGAUUACUUGUGUAUCUUCGUUCUUUGAUAUGAAUUAAAAUAUCUAUUCUGUUUAUCCUUAGUACAUAGAAUGGGGAUGAAACGUCCUUUGGAAGAGAGAGAUUUUCCAGAUACCUCUUUCAGGCAACCUAAACAACGGGAAUACCAUGGGAAGUUAACCUUAAAUGCAAAAGAAUAUCACAUAACGACUCUUGCAGUUCAAUCUCCUGGUGAACCAAAGAACACCUUUUAUCAGUUACAUUUUGAGCAGCUUAAAUAUGGUGAGGCCAAUAAUGCUUCUGUACCUGACGAAAAAGGGGAAGCAAGUGCACUCUUGUCUUUGGUCACCAGCAGCAGUGAGGAUGAUUCUGUUAUUGGGGCAACCUCUGACUGGUCUUGUUUUCCUGAAUAUAUUGAUAUUAAUACUCCAAGUCGUCCCAUGAAUCAAAUUAAACAGCCCUACAUGGAUUUGUUUAACUCUCCUCCUAGGAAAGAAGUUCCACUUGGAUCAGAUCAUCAAGCUGAAGUCCCACUGUGGGAUCCAUGCCAUUUACUUUUUUGAUGAUUUCAGGGAGGAAAGACUAACUGGGACCUGCAUCAUGGCAAUGCCUAUAACUUAAACAAUUCAAUGAUGGAAGGAGUUGGAGUUGGGCGUGGCAGAACAGAUUGUUGUUGCCUGGAUAUGGGAUCCUUGAGAUGUGUGCAGCAACAUGUGAAUGAAGCAAGAGAAAAACUACGAGAGACUAUUGGGUACGAGAAUUUUUUGGACUUGGGUUUCUGUAAUAUGGGUCAUGAGGUCGCAUACCAAUGGACCCCUCAUGAUGAAGAAGUCUUUCAUGACAUUGUUUACUCUAAUCCUGAAUCACGUGGUAGAAAAUUUUGGAAGCACUUAACUGUUGCGUUCCCAACCCGGACCAAGAACGAACUUGUCAGCUACUAUUUUAAUGUCUUCGUGCUCCGGAGACGGGCUCUUCAAAAUAGAUCUUAUUUGUUGGAGAUAGACAGUGAUGAUGAUGAGCUGAGAGGUGUUCAUGGAGGCUCCCAUCAGGAUAGAUUUUAUUCGUCUGAUCAAGAAACUGAUAUUGAAGAUCAUCAAGGUCACAAGGGGCAGUUCUAUCUUGUCGAAGGAGAAGAAGAGGACUCCACCGUCUAUUCCUUUGGCAACCAAGAUUUAGAUACAAGCUGGGUGGACGACUUCUGGUCCGAGCCUCAAAAUAGCAGCGAAGAACACGAGGUGAGCAAUAUAAAGGACGAUGUCUCUGAUGGUCAAGUUGAGAAGCUAGAUGCUGUCGAGAUGAAAUCCCUGAGAAGAUGAUGAGACGUUCCCUGAUGACCCCAUGACCCCAGGUUGUAUACUCAAUUUUUUUCUGGCCUUGAAAUUUGUUGUACAAAAACGUAGAUUUCGUAGGGUAAUAAAGGCUAAAGUGUUUCCUGGCCUCGACGCCACGCCCAACAUAAUUAAUUGAACCUAUUUAUUUACACAAGAGAAGCUCUCGCUCUUGUAAUUUUGAUACCGAUUAUUUAUCUGAUUACAAUUAAGUAAUCAGUCUUUAAUUUGGCUA